GAGCGUUAUUCUAAACUAUCCUAAUGUAUAGUCUCCGAGAGGAGGUUCGAACUCGGAUACAAGGGAAAGGACACUACCUAUUUGCAUUCUCAUUUGUUUGUUUGUUUCCAUCGCUGGCCUAGCUUUGUUUCCCAUUAAACCAUUAAAUAAACCAAAGGCCAAGAAGAGUUUAAAUUAAGUUUUCAAAUUCAUCCAUCCAUAAGCAGACGUUUAGCUAAUCGCCACUCCCAUUUUCCCAGCACGAGCAAAACCUCUCAUCUGCAAUUUUUUUUAAAAUUUUCUUCUCGGUUAUGGAAAAACCCAGAUGCAUCCAAAAGACAUAGCUACGGCGGACUUAUAUUAUUUAAAUCAGAAAACAGAGAAUAAUAAAGGGUAGCUUAAUUUAGUACUUGGGAGCUCGUGUUGGGUUGAGACUUGAGCAAGAGAGAGAGAGAGAAGAAGGAAUCCCAAAGCUGCUGUCCCAAUCUUUACACCGUUAUCUGUUUGGGAUAUUGCAACCCCCCAUCUUCUUCCUUUGCAUUUCUGCUGAGCUGAGAUCCCAUUUCAUUAUUUCUUCUAUGAAGACGAGCAAAAAAUAUCAAACACCUUCUUCUACUCUCUUUGUCCCUGUCAUAUUUAGUACCAGCUGCAGGUCCUCCAGGAUCUCCAUCAAUCUUCUUCAACAUGGCUGCUUGUGCUUUGCUUGGUGAUCACAAUGGCGACCAUAUAAGCGGCAAUGGCAGCAGCAACAACAACAGCCAUGGCGGUGGAAGCCCAUCUUGUCCGAUGACAAGCACCACAAACUCCAACAGCCAAGGCAGCAGCGUAGAGCAGCAACCACCUCGCCAGCACCAAAACCAACAACAGCAGCAGCGACAGUCGACAGAGGGAUCGAAAAUGGUGAGAAAGAGAAUGGCUUGUGAGAUUGAAGUUCAAAACAACCCAACAAGCAGAAACACAAGUGCUUCUGAUUAUAUGAGGCUUUCCCGUCGGAGCAGCAGCAUUAUUAAUAAUAAUCCAAAUCCAAAUGCGACCAAAGUGAAUAAUAAUUCUAUGGUUUAUCCCAACUACUCCACUAUGCUGUUACCAGUACCAUCUUCCACAAAUUUGACAACUUUGACGUCAGCUGGUGGGGCUUUAUCACCUGCUUCUGCUUCUGCUUCUUCCGCUGCUGCUUCUGCUGCCAACUGGGGUCCUAUUGACCCACUGUCACUUCAUCACCAUCAUCAAUCAGGAGCACUUCCUCCUCAUCAGCUUCAGCUUCAGCCCCAGACCCUCACCCCUGCCGUUUGUGGGUUUUCGGGUCUGCCCUUGUUCCCACCCGAAAAGACGACUCCUUCGAAUCAAAGUACUGCAACUCCAUCCUCCAUAUCCAUAUCCAUGGAAGACAGCUCCUCCGCCACGGCGUGGAUCGACGGCAUCAUCAAGGACCUCAUCCACAGCUCCACCAACGUCUCCAUCCCUCAGCUCAUCCACAACGUCAGAGAGAUCAUCUUCCCUUGCAACCCCAACCUCGCUUCUCUCCUCGAGUACAGGCUCCGCUCCAUAUCUGAGCCUCCUCCACCUCCUCCUCCCAUCCCGAACUUUAACCCCGCCACAGUACCAGAGCUCAGGAGAAGAAGAGAAGCUUUACAGCUUCAGCAGCAACAAAACCAACAUCAUCAUCAUCAUCAUCAUCAAGGUCCUGGGGCUCUCAAGCUCAAUCUCGACUCGGCUACCCUACAUGACGUCGCCAUUUUCACGAACCCAACAACAGCUGAGACUGCUUCUGUUGCUACCCACGUGAUGAACAGCAAUGAUUUGUACUUGCACUCAUGGACAGGAGGUGGAGGAGGAGCUGGUCCUACCCCUAUCACCUGUAGCCAAACAAACCCUCACCACCCAAACUCUCCUUUCAAUCAGGCAAUUCAUCAUACACAAGAUAAGCAACUAGAAAACUCUUCAUCCUCAUCCCCUGCGGCCGAGUCCACAACACCCACCGCUGCACCCGCCACCACAACUACAGCCACAACAACCCCCACUCCACCGCCAACAACACCAUCGGCGGCAGUGUCCCUAAUCAGAGAGAGAAAAGAAGAGAUGCGGCAGCAAAAGCGAGACGAAGAAGGCCUACAUCUCCUCACCCUCCUCCUCCAAUGCGCCGAGGCCGUCUCGGCCGACAACUUCGACGAAGCCACCAAAAUCCUCCUCGAAAUCUCCGAGCUCUCCACCCCAUUCGGCACCUCCGCCCAGCGAGUCGCCGCCUACUUCUCGGAAGCCAUGUCGGCGCGCCUCGUCAGCUCCUGCCUGGGAAUCUACGCCUCCCUCCCUCCCUCCUACGUCCCAAUCAGCCACACCCAGAAAAUGGUCUCCGCCUUCCAAGUCUUCAACGGCAUCAGCCCCUUCGUCAAGUUCUCUCACUUCACCGCCAAUCAGGCGAUCCAGGAAGCGUUCGAGAGAGAGGACAGGGUGCACAUAGUAGAUCUGGACAUCAUGCAGGGCCUGCAAUGGCCUGGGCUUUUCCACAUCCUGGCUUCGAGGCCAGGUGGGCCCCCCUACGUGAGGCUUACCGGGCUCGGGACCUCCAUGGAGGCGUUGGAGGCCACCGGGAAGCGUCUGUCUGACUUCGCUGAUAAAUUAGGGCUUCCGUUCGAGUUUUUUCCUGUGGCGGAGAAAGUGGGGAGUUUGAACCCGGAGAGGUUGAACAUCAGCAAGAGAGAAGCUGUGGCGGUGCAUUGGUUGCAGCAUUCGCUUUACGAUGUCACUGGUUCCGAUUCCAAUACGCUCUGGCUUUUGCAGAGAUUGGCACCAAAAGUAGUGACGGUGGUGGAACAAGACUUGAGCCACGCGGGCUCCUUCUUGGGGCGGUUUGUGGAGGCCAUACACUACUACUCCGCCCUGUUCGACUCUCUCGGAGCGAGCUACGGGGAGGAGAGUGAGGAGAGGCAUGUGGUGGAGCAGCAGCUGCUCUCGAGAGAGAUCCGGAACGUUCUGGCUGUCGGAGGGCCGUCGAGGAGCGGAGAGGUGAAGUUCUACAACUGGAGAGAGAAGUUUCAGCAGAGUGGGUUCAGAGGGAUAUCUCUGGCUGGAAAUGCAGCAACACAAGCCACAUUGCUGCUUGGGAUGUUUCCUUCUGAUGGGUACACUUUGGUGGAGGACAAUGGCACUCUCAAGCUUGGUUGGAAGGACCUUUGCUUACUCACUGCUUCUGCCUGGAGGCCUCCCUUCCAUGCAACCACCAACCCCAACCUUCACUAUUGAGUGAGAGCUUUUGCUUUUAUGGAGAUGUAUGUAUAAUGAAAUGAGUGUUUGAAGGUGGUAGCUUAGGCGGUUCAUGAGUUUGAAUGUAUUAUCUUGUUAAUGCUUAAUUACCAUCAUUAUGCAGUUUAAUUAUUUUUUUAUU